AUAAAUUGGGGUCACAACAGCAUCAUUAAAAGAUAACAAUUGUAGUGAAGAUAACAUCAACCAACAAAUAUCAAUUGUUCUUUGUGAAAAAUCUUUGUUUCUGAAAAUAUGUCUGGCUGUGGUUGUGGAAGCAGUUGCAACUGUGGUGAUAGCUGCAAAUGCAACAAGAGGUCUAGUGGAUUGAGCUACUCCGAAGUGGAAACCACAGAAACCGUGAUUCUUGGCGUCGGUCCGCCGAAGAUCCACUUUGAUGGUGCUGAAAUGAGUGUUGCUUCUGAGGAUGGUGGUUGCAAGUGUGGUGAUAACUGCACAUGUGACCCUUGCAACUGCAAAUGAAGUGUGACAUAUAAAAGCGUGAAGCAGAGAUACUGGAACUAAUAUGUUUAAUUGUGUCUAUGAGUACACAUAUAAUACAUACAAGAAGCAAGUGUGUUUGGUUUUUUAGAAUAAUAUAAUUAAUGUGGUCAUGGAUCUCUUCAGCAGAUUGAAAAGUGUUAUUUGAUUUUGUUGAAAGGGUGUGAGAAUUGUGGUUGCUUUGUGUUUGGUUGUCUUGUGUAAAGUAUUGCUAAAAGCUUGAAUCAUAAAUCUCUGCAUAUGAUAAAUGGAAUACAUUAUUGUGUGUUAUUUGAAUGAAA